UUUGAAAAUCAAGAUGCAUUCCAACGCUGCUUUCAUCGCCCUUUCCACCCUCGCCGCUCUCGUCCCAUCUGCUCUUGCUGGUGGCGGCGGAAAUGUUGGUACUGCCAACGUUCAGAACGCCUGUGGGAAAGAUGUCUACCUCUGGUCCAUCGCUGACUCUGCUGGAGAGAAGAUGAUCACCCUCAAGGACGGUGAAACUCACUCCGAGAAAUACCGCACCAACGGCAACGGGGGUGGCAUCUCCAUCAAGAUGGCUACCGACCAGAACCACAAUGAUAUUUCGCAGUUUGAGUACACUCUAAAGGAGCCACAAAUCUUCUACGAUCUAUCCAACAUCGACGGUUACCCAUUCGCUGAGGGUGGCAUUAGCGUCCACCCAAGCGACUCCGGCUGUCCCGCAGUCGUCUGCGAGGGAGGAGUCAAGGACUGCAAGGAGGCCUACAACCAGCCAAAGGAUGAUUUCGCUACCCACGGUUGUCCUCAGGAAACGGACCUCAAUGUUGUCCUCUGUGCUGGUGGUGGCUCUGCUGGGCCAACAAAGAUGUUCAAGCCCGUGGACAAGGCCGCCAACCGCCCUCGCCACCCACAUGCUCGCCCAGAGUAA